AAACAGACCCCUUUGCGCACUUUAGCAACCACCGUCACCACCACCAUUCUCAUUCACGGAUGCUUCUUCUCACUGAAGACGAACAAGCUUCUCGGAUCUCUCUCUUUUCACAAAUCUCACCUCUUCCACCGAUCUGUAUUACGGUGACGUAUGUGGGGAUUGCAACGAGAAACGUCGUCGAUGUACAAGAGAACGUCAUCGAGAGAUUAUUCUCCGAUGCUUGACGUUGAAGAUAGCUCAGGUCUUAUAGAGAAUGAGAUGAACAAUGAAAUGGAAACUACAAAUCCUUCAUGGAAGUGUUCUCUCCCACAUGUCCUUGUGGCUACGAUUUCUUCGUUUCUAUUUGGUUACCACUUAGGAGUUGUUAAUGAGCCGCUUGAAAGCAUUUCUUCUGACCUUGGUUUUAGUGGUGAUACAUUAGCAGAAGGGUUGGUGGUUAGUGUUUGUCUUGGUGGUGCAUUUAUCGGAUCUUUAUUCAGUGGUGGAGUUGCUGAUGGUCUUGGAAGGCGGAGAGCCUUUCAGCUUUGUGCUUUGCCUAUGAUUUUGGGUGCUUUUGUUAGUGGACUUAGCAACAGUUUAGCUGUCAUGCUUUUGGGAAGAUUCUUGGUUGGGACUGGUAUGGGUCUUGGGCCACCUGUGGCAGCACUCUAUGUGACAGAGGUAUCACCAGCUUUUGUAAGGGGAACAUAUGGAAGCUUCAUACAGAUAGCUACAUGUUUGGGACUGAUGGCAGCCCUGUUUAUAGGGAUCCCAGUCCAUAACAUCGCUGGUUGGUGGCGUGUCUGUUUCUGGGUAUCCACGAUACCUGCUGCAGUGCUUGCUCUGGGGAUGUUCCUCUGUGCUGAAUCUCCCCAGUGGUUAUUCAAGCAAGGGAAGAUAGCUGAAGCAGAAGCUGAGUUUGAGAGGCUACUUGGAGGGUCUCAUGUGAAAACAGCAAUGGCAGAAUUACACCAACUAGAUCUAGACAGAACGGAUGAACCAGAUGCUGUGAGCAUCUCAGAGCUGUUAUAUGGUCGACAUUCAAGAGUUGUUUUUAUUGGAUCAACCCUGUUUGCUUUGCAACAGCUAUCUGGUAUAAAUGCUGUUUUUUAUUUCUCUUCUACCGUUUUCAAAAGUGCCGGAGUACCAUCGGACCUGGGCAACAUCUUUGUUGGAGUUUCAAACCUCUUUGGAUCUUUAGUUGCGAUGGUGUUGAUGGAUAAAGUAGGAAGAAAGCUUCUUCUCCUUUGGAGUUUUAUUGGCAUGGCAGCAGCAAUGGCACUUCAAGUUGGUGCUACAAGUUCAUACUUACCACAUUAUUCAGCGUUGUGUCUAUCUGUCGGUGGCACUCUUGUGUUUGUGCUAACAUUCGCCUUAGGGGCUGGUCCAGUACCAGGUUUACUCCUCCCUGAAAUCUUCCCAAGUCGAAUCAGAGCAAAAGCUAUGGCUUUCUGCAUGUCUGUGCAUUGGGUGAUAAAUUUCUUUGUGGGUUUACUCUUUCUGAGGUUGCUUGAGCAGCUUGGUCCUCGGCUACUAUACUCAAUGUUCUCUACGUUCUGUUUAAUGGCGGUGAUGUUCGUGAAGCGGAACGUGAUUGAAACCAAAGGCAAAACACUUCAAGAAAUUGAGAUCUCUCUGCUAGCCAAACCAUGAAUGUAUUUUCGUUCUCUCCCUAGUAGAGUUCAUACGUCUUGUUGCUCACUAUUGUAUAAUCAAAUAAAGAUUUGGGUUCUCCGUAGAGUUCUAUUAAAUGUUAAAUUUUACGUAAAAAAAUCAAUAAUGUCAAGAUUUUGAACUAA